AUGGCUAACCCCAUCACCCACUUCCUGUCGCGCAUUUUCAGGAGCAAGGAUUUGGUGACAUUAAAUGUGUUGGUGGCUCUGGGCACCACGGGGGGCCAGGAGCUCUUCUCCUUGUUGGCCUUCCAGUGCCCGUGCUCACCAGUUCGGAACUUCCGGUAUGGGUUAAUGGCCACCUUGGGGCCCGCCUUGUUGCUCUUCUUCAUCAGCAUCAUCCUCAACAACCAAACCAGGAACUUGGUGGAUGGGUGCAGGUGUUUCAGGACCAAGAAAUUCCCAUGCAUCCUAUAUUCCAUCGUGGGCCGCGCAGCCGUGGCCCCCCUCACCUGGUCUUUCAUCUCCCUGCUGCGAGGGGACGCCUACGUCUGCGCAUUCAGCGAGUUUGUGGACCCGUCCUCGCUCACGGCUGAGAACGAGAGCUUCCCUCUCUCCCACACCACGCAGAUCCUGGCCAUGUUCCCUUGCGGGGAGAGCCCUGAGAACCUGUCUGGGUUCCGGGAGGAGGUGAGCCGCAGGCUCAAGUUUGAGUCUCAGCUCUUCGGGUGGCUGCUCAUCGGCUCGGUGGCCAUCCUGGUGUUCCUGACCAAGUGCCUCAAGCACUGCUGCUCCCCGCUCCGCUACCGCCAGGAGGCAUACUGGGCCCGCUACCGCGCCAACGAGGACCAAUCCAUCUUCACCACUUCCAGCUCCAUCCCCACCUAA